GAUCUUUAGAACAAUAUUUACAACACAUCCAAGCUUAUAACCUUGCAUUAGGUUUUGGCUGGGAUGGAAGAAUAUUUGGACCUAUUAUUAAAAGAGCCUUAGAUGAAUUAAAAGAAUAUGAUGAUGAUAUUAUAAGAUCUAAUAAACAACAAGAAUCUUCCCAUCAAAUUUCACUAAUUUCUCCAAUUCCUGAAGAAAAUUCUAUGGUUCUUGAUGUGAAACUAAUAUCGAUAGUAUGCUUUGAUACUAAAACUGUACCAUCAAAAAUUUUGGACGCACGCGCCCAAGUAAAUCUAGAUAACUUAAAACAUGCAGAACCAUUAUUAAACCUCCGAAAACUUUACCAAAAUGUAGCCACCGCCGACCUUAGUAAAUAUUGGGGAGGAAAUAUUGAUAAUUCUCAACUCUUUUAUCGUAAUUGUACAAAAGAUUCAUUUGUACAUUACAGUUUAAACAAUGAAGAGGCCUUCGUUCUUUUUUGGACAAGUUUCAAUGAACGUAAAGAAAUUAUUGAAUUGGUG